GAUGCGCUCGGCUCUUGGCUCUGCCUGGAGUUCUCAGUGCGGCGACAGCGGUGCUGAAUAUGGCGACAGACGGGAUGAUUUUAACAAACCACGACCACCAAAUCCGGGUCGGCGUCUUGACAGUAAGUGACAGCUGCUUUCGCAAUCUCGCUGAGGACCGCAGCGGGAUCAACCUCAAAGAUCUCGUGCACGACCCUUCCUUGCUUGGGGGAACCAUCUCAGCUUACAAAAUCGUUCCCGAUGAAAUCGAUGAGAUCAAGGAGACUCUGAUCGACUGGUGUGAUGAGAAAGAGUUAAACCUGAUUUUGACCACUGGUGGCACUGGCUUUGCUCCACGGGAUGUCACGCCUGAGGCCACUAAAGAGGUGAUCGAGCGGGAAGCUCCAGGGAUGUCUCUGGCCAUGCUGGUGGGCUCUCUGAAAGUCACUCCUCUGGGAAUGCUCUCCAGACCUGUGUGUGGUAUCCGAGGGAAAACUCUCAUCAUAAAUUUGCCAGGCAGUAAAAAAGGUUCACAGGAAUGCUUCCAGUUCAUCCUGCCUGCUCUCCCACAUGCCAUCGACCUGCUCCGAGAAGCUGUGGUCAAAGUGAAGGAGGUGCCCAAUGAGCUGGAGGACCUGCCCUCGCCUCCACCGCCUCCGUCCCCGCUGCCCACCAGCAGCCCGCACUGCCAGACCGAGGACAAGGGCGUGCAGUGUGAGGAAGAGGAGGAGGAGAAGAAGGACAGUGGUGUGGCCUCCACAGAGGACAGCUCCUCCUCGCACAUCACCGCCGCCUCCAUCGCUGCCAAGAUUCCCGACUCCAUCAUCUCACGGGGUGUUCAGGUCCUUCCCCGUGACACGGCAUCUCUGAGCACCACGCCAUCCGAGUCGCCACGUGCCCAGGCUACCUCCCGCCUCUCCACCGCUUCCUGUCCCACCCCCAAGGUGCAGUCACGAUGCAGCAGCAAAGAAAACAUCUUACGAGCAAGUCAUAGUGCAGUGGACAUCACCAAAGUGGCUCGGAGACACCGUAUGUCUCCAUUCCCUCUCACCUCUAUGGAUAAAGCCUUCAUCACUGUGCUGGAGAUGACCGCAGUUCUGGGCACUGAGAUCAUUAACUACAGAGACGGCAUGGGUCGAGUUCUGGCUCAGGACGUUUAUGCCAAAGACAACCUGCCUCCGUUCCCUGCCUCCGUUAAAGACGGCUAUGCUGUAAGAGCGGCUGAUGGUCCUGGUGACAGAUUUAUUAUCGGCGAGUCUCAGGCUGGGGAGCAGGUGAGAAAAGAAAAGAUAUCGUUUGAGAAAUCCACCUUCAGAUGUGAGGGAAAUGAUCCAUACGUGUGUUUCCAGCCCACACACACCGUGAUGCCAGGUCAGGUGAUGCGGGUGACGACAGGUGCUCCUAUUCCAUGCGGCGCCGACGCUGUGGUUCAAGUAGAAGACACCGAACUCCUGCGAGAGUCUGAAGACGGCACAGAAGAGCUCGAGGUGCGGAUUCUGAUUCAAGCUCGUCCAGGUCAAGACAUCAGGCCCAUCGGUCACGACAUUAAGCGUGGUGAAUGUGUGUUGGCCAAAGGCACUCACAUGGGCUCGUCUGAAAUCGGUCUGCUGGCCACGGUGGGCGUCACAGAGGUGGAAGUGCAGAAGUUUCCAGUCGUGGCUGUGAUGUCUACAGGCAACGAGCUGCUGAACCCAGAGGACGAUUUACACCCCGGGAAGAUCAGAGACUCGAAUCGCUCGACGCUGCUGGCCACCAUACAGGAGCACGGAUACCCCACCAUCAACCUGGGCAUCGUGGGAGACAACCCUGAUGACCUGCUGAAUGCUCUGAACGAGGGAAUCAGUCGCGCUGAUGUCGUCAUCACCUCAGGGGGCGUGUCCAUGGGGGAAAAGGAUUACCUGAAACAGGUACUUGAUAUCGACCUUCAUGCUCAGAUACACUUUGGUCGUGUCUUCAUGAAACCAGGUCUCCCCACAUCAUUUGCCACUGUUGAUAUGGACGGGUCUCGAAAACUUAUCUUUGCUCUGCCAGGUAACCCUGUGUCAGCAGUCGUAACAUGUAACCUCUUCGUCAUUCCUGCCUUGAGGAAGAUGCAGGGAAUCUUAGACCCGCGACCCACCAUAAUAAAAGCCAGGUUGUCAUGUGAUGUGAAGCUGGAUCCACGUCCAGAGUAUCACCGCUGUAUUUUGACAUGGCACCAUCAGGAACCUCUGCCAUGGGCACAGAGCACAGGGAACCAGGUUAGCAGCAGACUCAUGAGCAUGCGCAGUGCUAACGGACUCCUGAUGCUACCUCCCAAAACUGAGCAAUACGUGGAGCUGCGCAAGGGCGAGGUGGUGGACGUCAUGGUCAUCGGCCGUCUAUGAUGACAGAGGAGCGGGCCGAAGGACGGAGAGCAACGGGUGGUUCACGGUGCAUGUUCACAUAUCAUUGACUGUAAUAUGCAACGGCACAGCUAGUUUUUAUUGAUUUGGAUAACGCUGAAGUAUAGUCAACAUCUUGAUCACAAACCUAGAUACAUAUGAGAAAAA